AUGAAGGUUUGUGUCUUUAUCAUUUUAACCCUUUCCUCCCUGCCACGUGUUGCCGCAGAGCGGACCCCCCCGCUGGUUCCCUACCUAGGAACAGUUCUGAAUGAGUUGUCAGGAGUGGUGGAGGCUCUGCCAACCAGACUGCAAGAUGAGCUCAUCAACUUCAACAAAAUGAGACGAUGCACGAGGCUAAUCAUCGACACCCUCCGUCACCAGAAACAGCCCUACGACCUGACCUUUGUACCCGAGGUCUCAAAAGUCCUACUGUGCGUCCCCAUUCCAGGCACAGAGGACGACAUGUACCGGUAUGUGGACGCUCUCGGAGACAAGUAGAAAACACUCCACAGAUCACAUGACAUAUCACAUGACACACUGUAUAUACCUUACUUCUCACACAGUGACUUUUUUAUUUUUGUUUUGUGAAUUUUCACUUUUCCCUCAAUUUUCACCAACAGUGUUUUUUUUACAUCUCUGUAUAUACAAUUUUUUUGAUGUGAUGUUCUGUGAAAUUUUGUAUGAUGACGAGUAAGACUGUAUUUUGUGUAAUACAACAUUGUGCUAUUGCUGUGAAGGAAUUUUUCUGACAUUUUCCAAGUCUUUCUCAAGAUUCUCAAGUUUCUGUCUGAGUUCCAUGUCAGAACUGGACUGGAUUGCAGCCUGGAGCUGUGGCCACGCCUCCAAAGGCAGGCCCGGCCCAUCGUCGGACGGGACACACAGUUUCUCUCUCAGGACGUCCAGUACUCUGCCCAGUUCGCCGAUCUCCACCAACACGUGUGUCAUCAAAUUCAACUGAGUCUGUAGAGCAGCAAAUCAUGUGUAGGUAAAAGUUAGAAUCCUACCAACCCACACCUGUGGAAAAAGGAGCUGGUCUUGUUCAAGUCUGCCAAGAAGUGAGAGAGCUUCUCUCCCCUUAUUCUGAGAGAGACCACCCGCGGUAAAGGGGGUGUGGCAGGGGGUGUGGCUUACCUGGGAG